UGUUGGGGGCGUGUACGAAUCUAGCGAUGUAAACAAGAACGCAAAAGACAAGUCUGACAGUGUUGCCACCACCACGGGCAUUUACAGCUUCACAUCCCCGCAUCAAACGCAGUAGUCGACUCUGGCUAACAGCCAUGAACCUCCCCGUCACUGUCAAAGUGAACUUUAGGGGCAACGUGAAGAAAUUUCCAGUCUUGGACACGAACAAAGCACAGUGGGAGACUGUGGAGGCCUGGAUUAAAACUACAUUCGGCUUGAGCCAUUUUCAAGUGAAAUAUUUUGACGAGGACAACGAGGAGGUGUGCAUAAACAGUCAAGAUGAAUAUACAGAAGCUCUAAAGAGUUCAUUUAAACAGGCCAACCAGCUACACAUGAAUGUUUAUAAGAUGAAGGGUCAGGCAGAGGGUGGUGCAGUGAAGGCAGAGCUGAAAGAACUAAAGAUAGAUCCUAGACCAGCUCCGCCGUAUCGAGCAAGGGUCAAGAUGGCAGACAAGGAGACCCAGGUGACCCCCGAGCGGGACUCGGCUGUGGCCAAAGAAAACAAAGUGAUGAAAACCGAGGAGGAAGCAGUACCAACGUGGUUCAAAUCCUACAUGGACAGGUUCAAAGAUCAAGUGGUAAGGGAGGUGGUGGACAGGAUGUGUAGUGAGUUUUCUGGUCAGUGUUGCACACACAGAGCCUUGGAUCCACCUGCAGAGGAGCCAAGCACCUCUGGCACUCAGAAAGCUACGAGCUCCACCACGCUAAGGGCCUCUAGCUCAACUCCAAAUUGCAGUAGUUGCAAAGGACCAGCCACUGGAGGAGGAUAUCAGUGCAGUGUUUGUCCAUCUUGCAUCUUAUGUGAGCCAUGUAGUCAUAAACACGAUCCCAGCCACAACCUAAAGAGAACAAGGACUCCUCUGUCUGUCCCUGAACGUGGAGUUACUCCGGAACCCAGGUUUCUGAGGCGGGGUGACAGGACGGUGCGAAAGGCGGAGAGACAGCGGCUGAAAGCUGAGCGGAGGCAGCUGAAGGCCGAGGUGAAGGAGAUCAAGAAGAAGCUGCGGCUGGAGAAGAGAGGUCUGCUGUGGAGUGGAGCCUCCAAUGGGACCAGCAGCUCGGGCCUUGCCCCCGCUCCCGGCACAUCUCUAGGCCCAGGACCAGCCCCAGUUCCGGCCCUGUGCCCAGACCCUCAAACAUCCAGUCCAGAGGGUCCCAAGGUCUCCUGCUCCACCUUGGUGCCCACAAUGACUGCCUUGUUUCUGGAUGAGAAUCUACCAGAUGGCACUUGUCUGGAGCCAGGCACCAAGUUCAUCAAGUACUGGAAGAUGAGGAACACUGGCAACAUCAGCUGGACUUCGGAUACCAAGUUGAAAUUUAUGUGGGGCAACCUGACCCUGGGUUCACGGGAGCAAAAAGAAGUCGCAGUGCCCUUUCUGCAGCCGGGUCAGGUCGGUGUGGUGAGCGUGGCGUUUGUGGCGCCCCUGCUGGAGGGCACCUACACGUCUCACUGGCGCCUGGCACACUGCGGGGUGCAGUUUGGGCCUAGAGUGUGGUGUAGCAUUGUGGUGGUGCCAAGUGCUGAACAGAAACCCACCCAUUUCAGCAAAUCACUGAGAACCGAUAUUUGUCUAAUGAGGAAAGAUGGCAUGUUCUGGUCAGGCACCAGAGAUUGUGAAGCCUCCACCAGCUCCCGGAGAGAAUACUACAUCCCCUCAGUGGACUUAUUGACGGCACAGGAUCUGUUGUCCUUUGAGUUGCUGGAUAUAAACAUUGUGCAAGAAUUAGAGAAAGUCCCAGCCAACACUCCAGCUGAUAUGACCCCCUGUGUAUCUCCACUUCCUCAUCAUGGACCCUUGUUUGGAAAGCAUGGAACGGGGUUAAGCAAAGUCGAGGCUGGACAUUCAGGCAGGAAAAAAAGUCAAGCGUUGCAGCCUCAGAGACAGAAUGAACUUCUGGAUGUUCCCGGCAAUGAGGAAGGAGAUGAAGACAUUAGUGGGACCCAGUUUGUGUGCGAGACUGUGAUUCGCUCUCUCACUCUUGAGGAGGAACCAGAGCGCAAGCCUCAACGCAGGACUCGGCCCAACAUGAGGAGGCAUGACGUUCAUGAUGCUGCUCGCUUUCAAGAGAGAUCAUUACUGGUGAAGAACGACAAACCUUUGGCAAUCAUAAACAGGCCCGAGGCUCCAGUCCCUGGGCCCAAGCCAUUUAUAACAGAGGAACCUGCCAUGCCAGUCUUUUCAGAAGCAUUGAUUGGCUCAAAUGAAAACCUCUAUACCGACCCAGCUGCACAGGACGAGAAUGAAGAGGAAGUGGAACAAAAGGGACAUGAAAAUGAUCAAGAAAAAGAGGAAGAAGCAGGAGAGUGGGAUGAGGUGAGCAGCCAGGUGUCCUCUGCCUCAUCAGAGGACUACAUUGUCAUCCUGCCUGACUGCUUCGAUACUUCCAGGCCCCUGGGAGAAUCGAUGUAUAGCUCAGCAAUGUCCCAGCCUGCAGUCCCUCUUGCCAACGAGCCAGAGGUACAGCAAAUCCAGAGUAUGGUCAAAGGAGAAAACGAGGAGCCCAUCCCUGUUCCAGCUCUUCAAAACAGCCUGAACCGGAUGCUCUGCACCUCUCAGAUACUGGACACUCCUCCUCUAAUUCCAGAGAUGGUACUUCCAGCCAUAGCUCUUUUGCCACCCCCAUCUCUUCGAACCCACAGAUCAGUGAGAUCUCAUGAUCUUGAGUCAGGACCAGGGGCCUCUGAAGGCAACACCUCAUGUCAACCUGACGAUGACUCAAGUGGUUGCAGAUCAAUUCAUUUAGAGGCCCCUGUUAGUGCCUUUGAGGCCUGCGGCUCCCAGGAUCUCAGGGCACGUCACGGUGGUCUGACAGAGGGGCUGGUGAAGGGAGCUCUCUCUGUGGCUGCCUCUGCUUAUAAAGCACUCUUUACAGGCCAGAGCACACCUGCACAGCGGCCUGCUGUUGACCCAGCCUGCGAGGAUGCCUCCAUGAUGGCUGUGCUGCAGGAGAUGGGUUUCAGUAACCAGCCGCUCAAUCAAAGGUUGCUGAGGAAGCAUCACUACAAUUUGCUUGAUGUGGUCAACGAGCUGGUGCAGUUGACCGACAGCGAAUGGCACAUCUCAAGACAUUAGGAAAGCACCGAGCAACCUCAAUAAAGUGUAAGAAUUGUAAAUGAUUUCAUCGUGUUGCAGCAUUCUGUCAGAACAGGAGUGUGGUGAUGAUGAAAUGAUCUCUGAUGUUGUUUAGUUAGACGCAGUGCUUCCUAAACCUGUCCUGGAGGACCCCCUGCCCUGCGCAUUUUGUAUGUCUCCCUAAUCUAACACACCUGAUUCCACUCAUCAGCUCGUUAGUAGAGACUGCAAGCACUAAAUUGGGGGUGUCUGAUUAAUGAGACAUACAAAAUGUGCAGGGCGGGGGGUCCUCCAGGACAGGUUUGGGAAGCACUGUGUUAGAGAAAUAGUUUGGACUCUCGAAAAAGAGAAAUAUAUCGCUAUAACUGACCAUGGCUGCAAUGAUGCAAUUACUUGAUUGUAAAAUUUUAGUUUCAAGUUUAUAUAGGACAUUAUGAAUGGGGAAACAACAUAAGGUUUAUUAGGCAGUCUUAAUGCUUUCUUUAUUCAGUGUGUGUGCCCUACUAACACGUGUAGACUGUUGUUAGCUAGGCUUCAGGUAUCUUUUGUACUGCUUGAUUAGAUAAGUGGAUAAAUUUGAGAUAAUGCCCAGAGGGUUUUGGUUUGUUUGAGCACUUUUGCCUCUCAGAGGAAAGAUCUAAAUAGAAAAGCCUGUACUGAUUUUGUUAUUUGUCACAGUGACCUCUAUAUUUAUAUAUCUUAUUUUAAAUGACACUAAUUCAUAUGUCACACUAAGGUGUUGGGCUGCCAAACCUAUAGGAAUGUGCAAUUUGUGUUUUAGUCAUGCUUAACACAACCAGUGAUUGAGUGGUCAAGAGUUUUUGCUAGGCACCAAUUUUGGACAUCUUUGUCAUCUUCAUGUGCAAUGUAUUACUAUGAACCGAAGGCUUAUCAACAUGGCUUUUUGUGUCCAACACAGUGAAUAAAAAAAACAAAACAUUCCACUGUCA